GCGGCGCGCAAGUGUGGCAACAGCAGCACUGCUCGUCCUGCUUUACUUCGUCAACCUAGACAUAUUCAGCGCCAUGAGUGACCAUGCCCUAGACUGGCUCGCGGGGAAGGCCAUCGGGUGGAACCACACCCCUCCGGUGAAUAAGAUCGACACUCACCAUCACUUCGUGCCGUUCUUUUAUGCCCAGGCCGUCGAGGAACAAGGGGGCGAUCCCAGCGGCUGGCCCACUCCGCACUGGAGCCCAUUGCGGUCAAAGCUGCUCAUGAAGCGCCUCGGGGUCCAGACAGCUGUCCUUUCCGUGACAGCCCCCGGGGCAUGUAUUCACCCGGACCGUCAAGCGCGGGCACGGCUUGCACGACAGUUGAAUCAGUACGCGGCCGACCUCCGCAGUAAGGACCCCCAGUCUUUUGCGUUCUUCGUAUCGUUGCCCAAUAUACUCGACACGGAGGAUGCCCUCGAGGAGAUCGCCUAUGGGCUGGAUACUCUCGGUGCGGACGGAGUAACGUUGUUCACUCGAUAUGGCGACUCGAACACCUACCUGGGCCAUCCCGACGUGGAACCCAUCUGGGCAGAAUUAAAUCGCCGCCGCUGCGUCGUCUUCGUGCACCCCACUCACCCGGCCGAUACCAACCCGGUCAACCCAAAGCUCCCACAGCCAGCGAUCGACUAUCCUCACGAAACUACCCGCGCGGCAAUGGACAUGAUCACCAUGGGGACGCGAGCCAAGUAUCCAGCCUGCAAGGUUAUCCUAUCGCAUGCCGGCGGGACGCUCCCCUACCUAAUCUCACGCGUUACGACGCCAAUGCGCAAGGCGCCGGACUUCGCGGCUUCACACCGUAUGGGUACCACACAUGACAAAGUGGUGGAAGCAUUUCGCAGCUUCCAUUUUGAUUUAGCUUUGAGUUCCUCGGCACAGGUGUUGGACUUGCUAUUGAACAUGGUGCCUCAUGAUCAUAUCCUGUAUGGGAGCGACUUCCCGUAUGCCCCGGUCACUGCCUAUCCGGCUUUCCUGGAGGAACUGGAGGGAUACGAAAUGGACCAAAAACUCAGAGAUAUGGUCAAUUUUGGAAAUGCGGUGAAAUUGUUUCCGAGGCUAGCCCAACGUGGUGAUUCCCAUCUGUAGGUACGUAUGAUUUGGGAAUGCUAGAGUUGGUCUUAGUCCAGGAGGUGUGGUGAAGUGUUGGACACACGGCUGUUGUUAUAUGUGGCAGGGGCGAUGGAAAUUGUAGAAACAUUAAUCACUUGAUGAUUAUUCUAGUUAUGGAAAGUUGCGAUUGUUGCAAAAGCAUGAUGAGUCAAA